GAGAGAAAGAGGAGUGUUAUAGACAGGAGAGAGAGAGAGAGAGAGAGAGAGAGAGAGAGAGAAAGACAGAGACAGAGAGAGAGAGAGAGAGAGAGAGAGAGAGAGAGAGAGAAAGAGGAGUGUUAUAGACAGAAGAGAGAGAGAGAGAGAGAGGAGAGAGAGAGAGAGAGAGAGAAAGAGGAGUGUUAUAGACAGAAGAGAGAGAGAGAGAGAGAGGAGAGAGAGAGAGAGAGAGAGAGAGAGAGGACAGCAGGCAGAGAGCUCGCCGAUCGGAAACCACUCUAUCCUCCGGGUGUAAUACCGGAGUCUUGAGAUUCAUCCCCGCGCGAAGUCAGUUGGAAGUCGAAUACGGAGCAGCCGUUGGUCACUCACACCGAACCGAGGAAGAAGGGAGAAAAUAACAGUUUUAUUAUCCCUCUGUCAGUUAGAUGCGAAGUAUAGGGAGGCAGACAAUUGAACUUGUGACAGACAGAACAAUAGUUUAUCUCUCUCAAGUUAACCCUGCUACCGUGGGGUUAAUAACACUACGGCUGUCCGUUUCGAUAUGGAUAAAGUUACGCACGGUCUCUUGGCUGCUAUCAGCUUGCUUGUGACGAUACGAGGACAAGUCUAUAAAGGUGAUUGUGAGUUUGACAAGCCGUUCGCAGCCUGCGGGUACAGCCAGGGGAGAGAGGACGAUCUAGAUUGGGAACAGGCCAACACCAGAGAGAAGCCCACAGCAGACCCCUGGAUGCCAACAGAUUCAGCCUUAAUGAUGGUCAACACUUCGGGACGUUUUGCUGGUCAGAAGGCCCUCCUCCUGACCCCCCAGCUGAAGGAGAAUGACACCCACUGCGUAAUCUUCGAGUACUUCCUGUCUGGCCGCGAGGGGGCGGGACCGGGGCAGCUCAACGUGUACAUCAGAGAGAACAACAGUCCACUGGGCAUGCCCGUCUGGAAUGUGUCUGGGCCAGCUACUAGAGCCUGGGUACAGGUAGAACUGGCCAUCUCUACCUACUGGCCCAACUUCUAUCAGGUG